AUGUCAAACGACACACCCCCUGCGAAACGCCAGAGACUCCACUGGCACGAUUCGGAGGCCUCGGGAUCUUUGCACGAGGAAACCAGAUCGUGUAUAGUGUAUCAUGAGGAUGCUGACUGCACUCUGAGGGCUGGGGCCUUGUUAUUCAAGGUUGAUCGCUGGAUACUCGAACGCGAAUCUCCUAUAUUUCGAGAUAUGUUCUCUGUUCCGUCUAACUCGCACGCGGGAAACGUAGAAGGCUCCGACGCUUCGAACCCUAUCGUACUUUCUGGUGACAUCCCCGAGCACGUCGAAGCUCUACUUUUCUACCUGUACAUGGGGCCUGACCUCGCUGUCAAGAUAUCGCUCUCCCCUGUGACUUCCUUGGUGGCCUUCAUGAACACGAUGGACAUCAUGCACAAGUAUCAGUUUGAAGCACUGGAGCGAUGGGCCAAUUUUAUUUUGCAGUGCCAGCUUAUGAACUGGGCUUACGACGCCAAUAACAACCCUAUCAGCAGUCCAGACGUCUUGACACGCAUUCUCUCCAUCGCCGAAAGGUCACAGAACCCCUCGCUCAGGGGCCAAGUCGAAAAGACUUGGGUCUCAUACGUAUGGAGUGGCUCUUUGACCCACGUCCUUCCAGCUUUGGAUGCUGUCAAGAUGCAUGGAUCGCGCAUUCUUGAAGCUUCUGCCUAUCGCUACGUGCUCAAAACGAAGCGCCACCUCAUUCCUCCGGGGCCAUCUUCCCUAGGACUCACUGCAACACAACACAUGCGGCUGGCGGUAGGAUUCCUGAAUCUCACAAAUCUAUGGACCACACUGGAGCCACCCCCGACUUUCGACUGUAAAUUUCAUAGCGAUCCGGGACACGCUGGCGUCGUCGCAAGAUUCUCGCACGAUUGCGAAGAAGACUGGUCGAGGAACUGGAAGGCCGCCCUCGCGGACUUACGUGAAAUCUCUGCGAAACCGUACUGUCCUGGUGGAGAUCCCAUUGGCUCCUUAGUAGAAAUCCAGCGCAGAUUACGAGGGGCCCUAGCAUCAUCUUCCCCAUGCGUUCAAGAGGCUUUGUCGACGCUCGGCAAGAUCAUCAAGCAUCUGGAUGACACUUUUUUGGAUCAUUUCGUAUUGCCUAUCGACAUCACCUCUGUGAGAAUGUCUUAAGGUAUCUAAACCGUUUGACUCAUUGAGAUUCCUGCGUACGUGGCGAACAGGUUGGUAUUUCUGAGUCGUUAGCCACGUAGACCUUCUAGACCACAGGUGUCUCUAUAUACAUAUCGCCACCUAUAAUAAUAGUGCCCCACGAUAUCCAGAAAUCUAUUAUUCACCCUUAUUAAGAAGGUUUCAUACCCGCGACCGUCGUCUAGAGAGCAUCUAAACGGUCCUCUAUCCUGAUUUUCUCCGAAGAAUCACAUCGAACUAUUGCUUGUGUCGUGAUUAUGCCUAGGGUCAAGACGAUUCGCGUCUUUUCCUAUGAUUUAUGGCUCCACGAAAUGUGAUGCC